AUUUUCCGCCCGAGAUGCGACUUCUCAGUUCCAUUGAAUUUGUUUGGUUCUUCGGUGUUUACAAUCCUGUAGAAUCUCCCUCAAGGAUCUCACGUUAAUCGCACACAGUUGCAAAAUUGAUCAAGAUGGAACUUCAGACUCACUCUCAUCCGUUCUAUCCCAUCGACGCGCUCAUCAAGGACUACGCGCCCAAUGAGGCUCCGUUGCUCCGUAUCAUGGCCACUGCCAGCCUGGGUGCGACAGCCUUGCUGGGUGCUAUCUGGACGCUGACCGGCUUCAGACGACCGAAAACACAAACCCGAGAUCGAAUUGCCAUUCUGUGGUUUGCGCUCUCGGGAUGCAUACACUGCUUCUUCGAGGGAUACUUCAUGGUCCAUCAUGACCACAUGGCAUCCGCUCAAGACUUCUUUGGGCAGCUCUGGAAAGAAUAUGCCUUAUCGGACUCGCGGUACAUGACUUCCGACACGCUUGUUCUUUGCAUGGAGACCAUCACCGUGCUGGUCUGGGGCCCGUUGUGCUUCUUGGUCGCAUAUUUGACCGCGACUCAACACUCACUGCGCCACCCCUUUCAGAUCAUUGUCUGCAUGAGCCAUCUCUAUGGCGACAGUCUCUACUAUGCCACGAGCCUCUUCGACCAUUACGUGCAUGGAAUCGCCUAUUGUCGCCCGGAAGCUUUCUAUUUCUGGGUCUAUUACUUUUUUAUGAACUUCAUUUGGAUCGUGGUUCCAUUCUAUUACCUCUAUCAGAGCAUACGAGCGAUAUCAGCAGCCUUCGACGCCUUGAAAGAACGUUCGCGGCAACACAAAGAGCGAUGAGUCUAGAGGGACUGAUGAUGUCAUUAAGAUCCGGGCGGUUUGGAGACGAGGGGAAACCAGACACCGCGAGCCUCGCUAGCCCCGAUUGCUGCCCGGG